AUGGACAGUGGUGGAGGAGAAUCAUCGUGCCGUAGCAGCUCGGAUAACUGUGAUUUGAGAAACGACAGAGAGGGGAAUUUGAUUAAAUUCACAUGCUUUUUGUGUGGUCUCACCGAGAAUUGCCGUUAUGGUUUGGUAGAAGUUUCGGGCCGGACGCAUACUUACCAGUACAAAGAUGAAAUGUACUACAUGUUGGAUCCAUUCCGAAAUCGAAAUGUGAAUGAAAGGAGGCUAACUCGAACAAAAACUGACAUUGAUAACAAGCCUUCUGGAAGUAAAACGGCAAACAUUUUCGAUAUACUGGUGUUGGGAGCAAUUUGCAGCAUAUGCGGACAAUCAGUCUGCAUUGAUGAGGAUUGUAGUGUUUUCUACACAAAAACCUUUUGCAUCAUAUGUGUGAAUCGAGAAAAAACUCACUUUCCAAAAAGUUUUGUCGAGCAGAUUGAUGCAGUUCGUAAACAGCGUAAAUCUGAACGGCAAGAACUUAAAAGGUCAUUUUGA